AUGGGUGCCGCACUAUCUUCAGUAAUCCAAUCAAGGGCCAACGAGUCAAUUCUGCAGGCUGAUCCUAGGAAUUCCUUGCUCCACUCGAUCUAUGAGCCAGACCGUGAUCUUCGACACCUGCAUCCUAGGGAACUGAAGCUCUACUUGGAGUGGUACCACAUGCAAGACUGCACAAACACAUCCCCCAGAGCAGCUCCACCCUACUCAGAAGCGGAGCAAUCAGCGUUGGAGCUAUGGAGACAGCAAGUCAAUCGCCGGAUGAUGAUACGGAUCUCCAGCUACAACGUCAGCAAAUUCAUUCCAGAAGGCAUGAGCAAAGUGCCACAGGUGUCACGGCCACCGAUUCGCUCAGAGCAUCCCGUAUUUCAAAUCCCCGAAAUGCUAGACCUGAUACUGCAUUUCUCGGGGCCACAGGCACAAGUCCGAGCACUGCAGAUCUCAGCUGCCUGGCGAACCUCCGCAAUAUCUGUUAUUACAAAUCGCCGCAUCCAGGAAGCGUUCCUUUCGCCAUCGACUGCUCCAGUUAUUGAGUACGGACAACUGAUCGAUGAUGCUGCUUACGUCCUGCCGAGGCCAUGCACGCGGCAGAUCGAGCAAUUCGGGCUUCAUGUCAAUCGUAUGAUCAGUUGGCGGAACAAGUCGUAUUACCCGAACUACAUCUAUUUCCCAGCAUGUAUGGCGCAGCUGAGUGAUCUACCGAGCUCAACUGCGAGCUCUCUGAACGAACUGGAUAUUGGCCAGCGCAGCAUUGACUAUCACGAUAACACAUUCUCAGUAUCUCGUGAUACGGACCUCUUUUGGCUGGACUUCACACAGCUCCAGAUCAAUCCUUACUUCGACCUCUUGUUCUCGGAGAAGGGCCGUUUACUGCAACGCCUUGGUAGAUGGGAGAUUAGUCUACGUCCUGAUGCGACACCUGGCCAUCUUGUUGUAGGUAACUCACCUUCAGACAUGUUGCUAGUACAUGCUAUUGGAUCGAUGCACAUCACGAACCCGCCGUGUCGAUGUGUGGGUAUCUAUUGCUACGAUGCGGUCGUUUUUGGAGCGUGUGGCGGCGCACCCGCGUUGUUAAAGAGAAUUCGCAAUAACGACGGUAUAUGCGUUGGCGAACUUCUAGAUGCGCUUGAAGACUGCGCACCGAAGUUGCUCGGAAAGUGGGCUGAGAACGCCGAGCAGCUCCGCAAUCGCGUUACGGAAAACGGCCAUUGGAUUGACGACGUUUGGCGGAUGCCCGGCACACCCAGAUUUCGCCUUCAUCUGGAUAAUUACGAUAUGCCGGACGAAAUGCUCCGCAUCAAAGAUACCACUACACCAACAGGGGGAAGGGAUCCAGAGUCCGUUGCUUCCACGUUCUUAGGGCUCCAAUUCCACAUCACCCGCACCGCCUAUAUGUCCGCGGAGCCACCCAGAGCAACGACAGAGGGCGAAUGGCUCCCUGAAGAGCUUUUCGAGCCUAUGAAGACUGAGACUGGACGAUCGAAUGUUGAUUGGGAGGUGUGA